AUGCUGGUGCGACAUUGUGACUACAAAAUGACGUCUGCACUUAGAGUCAAGAGUUUCUUAUUUAUUCUUUCGUUUAAGCGCUUCGGCGCGCUCACUACGGGUCUCACUGUCGCUGGAGGUGCUUUAAUUUAUUCGCUGGAGAAUUCGGUUCAUGCGAGCAACGAUGUUGUACAUCCAUAUCAUUUACCGUGGCCGCAUCGUGGGACCUUUUCUUCGUUCGAUAUUGCUUCAGUUCGGCGUGGAUACGAGGUUUAUAAGCAAGUAUGUGCGGCAUGUCAUUCAAUGAAAUACAUUUACUACAGACAUUUCGUCAACACUAUUAUGACUGAAGAGGAAGCGAAGGCUGAAGCUGCGGACGCGUUGAUCUCAGAUGUUGACGACAAAGGAGCGCCGAUUAAGCGACCUGGAAUCCUUACGGACAAGUUGCCAAAUCCUUAUCCCAACAAGAAAGCUGCUGCUGCCGCUAACAAUGGAGCUGCACCACCCGAUUUAUCACUCAUGGCGCUAGCUAGACACGGAGGUGACGACUACAUAUUCUCAUUGCUGACAGGCUACUUUGAGGCUCCCGCCGGCAUUAAGAUUGACGAAGGUAAAGCAUACAAUCCAUACUUUCCUGGUGGAGUAAUUUCGAUGCCUCAGCAACUGUUCGACGAAGGAAUCGAGUACAAAGAUGGGACACCAGCCACUCAGUCACAACAAGCAAAAGACAUUGCAACGUUCAUGCACUGGUGUGCGGAACCAUACCAUGAUACUAGAAAAAGAUGGGCAUUAAAGAUCAUUGCACUGUCUCCAUUCGUGGGAGCCGUUCUGAUUUAUGGCAAGCGAUAUAUUUGGACAUUCAAGAAAUCCCAGAAGUUUAUUUGGACAACGGUUAAAGGACGAGAGCCUCCAACAAGUUCGUGA